CUCCUACAGUAGCCGCCAGGGUUGAGAGUAAGGAUGUUGGCGAGCUUUGGUACGCUGUACAUUGAUUUUCUCCAUGGUCUUGCGCUUUGAACUAUGUUGUUUUUGUCAUUGCUGAGAUCUAGUGACGCAGGUCUGUCUUCUCUUCAUCCUUCAGACCACUGUCGACGUUCUGGUCUAUUCGUCCCUACAUUUGUUGUCGUUCGACUUUCAUUCUUUCAUUCUGUAUUCCUCUCAUUGUUGUUGGCUCCUGGUUGAGUAUUCUUUUCUUCUCACUCUUUUCUUAUUUUCUCUUAUUUCUUGAUCUAUCGACCUGCAGAGACCGGAUUCUCCAGUCGCUGCGCAUCAUCAUCCCCUUGAUCCGGACAUCAAGGUUUCUCUUUGGUGCUUCGAUCGAGAUGCAGUAAUCUGUCUCUUUCAUUCUUAGAACGGACUUGGAGCUGUGUUUUGAUUAUUCUCGACGACUUCACCUACGUAUAGGUUACGAUCACACCCAUACAAGAAACUCCCUCAUAAUGUUCAGAAUGAAGGGCAUAAUAAAAUUUGCGGGCCUCCUGAGCCUGUUCUGCCGGAGUUCGGUUGCCGUCAGUCUUGAUGUUCAAGAUGACCAAUCCAUCAAAGAUGCCGCAAGUACGGUAGCGUUUGGGUUGAUGAAAUACUACACUGGUAACAACACUGGAGAUGUUCCAGGCAACCUACCAGACCCCUACUUCUGGUGGGAAGCAGGUGCCAUGUUUGGCACCCUGGUCGACUACUGGUUCCUCACCAAGGACGAGACCUACCUCAAUGUCACGUCGCAGGCACUGCUCCACCAGGUGGGCGACAACAAUGACUUCAUGCCGACCAACCAGACGCGGACCGAAGGCAACGACGACCAGGGCUUUUGGGCGUUGGCGGCCAUGUCAGCAGCAGAGAACAAUUUCCCCAACCCGCCGGCGGAUCAACCGCAAUGGCUGGCCCUUGCGCAGGCCGUCUUCAAUGAGUACACGAUGCGCUGGGACACGCAGAACUGUAACGGCGGGAUGCGGUGGCAGAUCUUCACGUUCAACAACGGGUACACCUACAAGAACUCCAUCUCCAACGGGUGUUUUUUCAACAUUGCGGCCAGGCUGGCCCGAUUCACGGGCAACCAGACGUACGCGGACUGGGCCAAGACGGUGUUUGAGUGGGAGCAGUCGGUGGGCUUCAUCACGGACAAGUACCAGAUCCGGGACGGCGCAGGGAUCGACCAGAACUGCACGGAGAUGGACACAAUCCAGUGGAGCUACAACGCAGGCAUCUACCUGAACGGGGCGGCCGUCAUGUACAACAUCACGACCGGGGCGGAGCAGGAGACGUGGAAGGGCCGGGUCGACGGCAUCUGGAAAGAGACCAAGACGACCUUCUUCAACAACUCGGUCAUGACGGAGCAGGCCUGUGAGAACAACAACAUGUGCGACACGGACCAGCAGAGCUUCAAGGGCUACCUGGCGCGCUGGAUGGCGGCUACGACGCAGGUCGCGCCCUACACCUUCGACACCAUGCUGCCGCUGCUCCAGAGCACCGCGUCGGGCGCCGCCAAGGCCUGCACGGGCUCGCCUGCGUCGGGGUUCAGCGGACAGGCCGGCACGGCGUGCGGCUUCAAGUGGACCACGGGCGGGUUCGAUGGGUCUGUCGGCGUGGGCCAGCAGAUGAACGCCCUGUCGGCCAUCAUGUACACACUGGUGACGAAGCCGGCGGCCGACUCGGACGACUCGACGGCGCCCCUGACGUCGGCGACGGGUGGGACGUCGCAGGGUAAUCCUGACGCGGGAACCAUGAGCGAUAUGACCAUGGUUGUGUUUGCGCCCAUCGAGACCAAGGACAGGGUCGCUGCUGGAUUCCUGACGACUGCUAUCGUGCUGGGUGCGCUCAGCGGAGUGGUCUUUGUGGUUAGUGAGAAGGGACCUGGGGGGAUUGUGAGCAAGGUGAGCAAGGUGUGAGAUAUAUGUAUACAUACAUGCAUAACUUGCGUGCUCUUCACUCCAUUAUGAGUCGAGUAUGACAAUUAUGUAAGUAACCUCAUGAUGGUUUAUUGGGAAAGGUUGCAGGAGGUUAUGGCUCAACUCAACCUCCACAGUGGUGCGCCCACAUGGCACAGGCCGGCACCUGCUGGCAGUCCAAGGGCAAGACCCGUAAUGACUGUGAUGAAAUCAAUGAGGGAGGAUGGGCUUUUUGGAGGGGUGACCUCUUUGAUGUUGAGCAUCUGAAUCGGCUGUGUAUGGUAUAUGAGUGAGAGCCACAAGGUGGACAUACUACAGUAUACACACACACACAUGAGCCUGUAUCUCGCAGGAUAGACAUAGAGAACAAGAAAUGAACAAGAC